AUGACCCCGAACCUGCGCACCGCGCUCGUUUUCAGCGGCUUCAUCUCCCUGAUCGGCGCCGCCUUCUACCCCAUCUACUUCCAGCCCCUAAUGCGGCUGGAGGAAGCUAAGAAGGAACAAGCCAUAAAUCGAGCUGGUAUUGUCCAAGACAUGCAGCCACCAGGGUUAAAAGUGUGGUCGGAUCCAUUUGGCAGGAAAUGA